AACGUGCACGUCGGAAACAAAUUGUAAACGGACCAGAGACGUUAACAUAACUCCAGUGGUGAACUUCCAAUCUGGGUCAUCUUGAAUCUUAAUUAUUUCGGUUGGCUUAUAAAUCAAGACUCUGUUUAAACUGAUAUGGACCGAAGUAGAUCCCCGAAAAGAAACAGUAAAGUGGAGAAAAAUGACAAAGAAAAGAAGAAACGAAGAUCUCGGGCUUCGUCGUCGUCGUCUUCCAGCAGCAGAAGUCGGAGCAAAUCGAAGAAAAAGUCCCAUAAAAGUCAAGGUGUAAAAACACAAAGAAAGAAACGGAGACGAAGCUCUUCUUCGUCGUCGUCGUCAUCCUCCUCCUCCUCCACCUCAUCGUCGUCGUCCAGUGACGAAAAAACGAAGAGAAAGAGAACAAAGAAGUCAAAGAAGAAGAAGGCCAAGCUGAAAAAGCGCCGUAAAAAGGAAAAGAAGAAAAAGAAGAAAUUAAAAACGAGGAAAGUGGAGGAGAAGGAGGUGAAGAAAGAGGAGGCGGAGGAGAAGAACAGUAGAAAGCAGCACGUGGACGCUAUACAGAAGAGGCUGAUGCAGCUUGCAGAGCCGUUAAGCACCCCUCCACCCAAACCUUCUUCUUCUCUGGAGCUCUGGCAGAGUGACGAUGGCGGCGUGGAGCUCGGGCCAGUUAUGACGGACGAGCAGAAGUCCCGGCUGGCCACCAGGAGGCCUUUGACCAAAGAGGAAUACGACGCCCGGCAGAGCGUCAUCCGCAGAGUGGUAGACCCUGAAACGGGCCGCACUAGACUGGUGCGAGGUGAGGGCGAGAUCAUCGAAGAGAUCGUCAGCAAGGAGAAACACAAAGACAUCAACAAGCAAGCCACCAAGGGAGAUGGGAAUUCCUUCCAGAGAGUGCUCGGACUCAACAGAUAAAACAAAACAAACAUGACGUUUUGAUGUAUUUCUCUUGUUUAUACACUGCAUUAGAAAACACGGGAAUAUGGAUAAAGCCGUUUUACCCAUCAACACACACACACACUUCGUUUUUUACUGUACAUUAAAGCCGUUUUCAUUGAUGAUCGUUUCCGAAAAAGCUUGCAUUGUGGAAUUUGCCUCGCCAUCUGUUGAACACUUUAUACAAACUUACGGAAUACUUCAAAUAAAAGCGCAUCAGUUCCAGGAAAUGAAUUAGCUCAGUUCCACAGUUUGUUUGUUUUUUGUCUGAAAAUCAAGCAAAUGGACUAGAACAACAUUUAGAUGAAAAUAAAUGAUCAAAAAAAACAAAUCAUACGUAAACCGAAGUUCCACUAUCCUCCUUCGUUGCCUCAUUUGAGAGUGCCCAUUUGUAUGGCUUAUUUAAUAUCUCAUCUUAUAAAAUGGCCGGGCAAAUUCAUUUACUGUCAGGGGCGAUUUUUUUGUUUAUAAAGUCCUCCAGAUAUUAAAAAAAUAUUCUGUAGCAGUGUUAGAUGGCAGUGUCAAGAAUAAAGUCAUACAAUUAUGAGAAA